UUUCAGGUCACAAAGAAGUACAGCUGCUUGAUACCCGCCGUGAGAUGAGAAGACUUGACAGAGUAUGUCAAUAGUCUAUCUCGUUUCAAUCACUUUCAUUUUUUCAGUUUUCAAACCCAUCACAUCGUGUCGUGUCGAAGAAUGUGCAGCAUGGUUCCAAAAGACAAAAGACUACGAAAACCUGGUGCCAAAAGCCACCGAACGAUAUUGUCAAGUUCUUCAGACUUAUUUAAAAUGUAUGAAUGAUACUCAACGAUAUUGUCAUGGUAAUCUUCGAUUUCAUUCAUCGGAAUUAAUUAUGAGACGGCACUGGAAGGAGUUCGAGUGUGAGAAGUGGGAAUCGUGUAAUGAUAAUAGUCAUGUGAAGAGGAAACAUGUUAAUACAUGCUAUUUCAAUCCACCUCCAUCGAACCGGAAACUCAAGUACUGCAGCCUUUUCGGGGAUCCUCACCUAAUAAUGUUCAAUGGCUCCGUGCAAACUUGCUCGGAGGAGGGAGCCCGUCCUCUGGUGGAUAAUCGAUAUUUUCUAGUUCAAGUCACUAAUAGAAAUGUUCGAGGCGAAGCGCUAACGACUACAGUAACGAAGGUUACUGUUCUCGUGAGAAAGCACAACUGCACGGCUUCCCUCCGCUAUGAGGCGAGCUCGGAUGAAGAGGGCUUGCCACGUGGAUUUGUGGAUGGCACCACGUUCCAGAUGACGUCAAAACAUUCGGUAGAGGUACUGUGGCAAGAUGAUAACUACGUGGAAAUAGCGCUUCAUUUUAUUCAUUCGUCGAUUCACAUUCGCCGUCAAGGACCUUAUCUAUCGGUUUCUGUUCGGGCGCCGACGAUUGUUCUGGAAACUGGAGGAGACGUGGCCAGGGAGCUUUGUUGGUCGGGAUGUAGGAAAAGCUCACGGAUACCUGCAGAGCUUGCUGUUGAGAUGACGAAAAAGUUUGCAGAGUGCUACAGGAGACGGGUUCAUGUGCCGAAAAAGGUUGCGGAAGAUCGCUGCAAAGACAUUGGCAACAUCGGAGUGUUCUUCGACGCGUGUGUUUUUGAUCUCAUGUUCACAGGCGACGACUAUCUGGUACACCUUUCUCGCGCCGCUGAGUCAGACUUCCGUCGAUUGGCUCCGCAUCACUUCCAAUCGCAUGUAACCCAACAACAUGCUCGGUUCCAGAAAGAAAAUCAACACAAAAAUCACAUAAAUCAAUCGGAAAUCUUUAAAAAAUGUAUUCCAUCGAAAAGUAUUAGGUUUUAUCCAUUUCUUGCCAUCUUUUUUUUUGCUCUUUUAUCAUUGUUAUGCUGACCUGAAUUUGUAAAUACUCUUCAAAAUGCCUCAAAAAUCGAUAAUUUUCAUUUCAGAUCUCUUAUCAUUCAUUGUUCAUGGGUUAAUUCAAUUUUUUAAAAUAAAAAUUCAAAAAUAAAGACAUUUUUAAUUUAAAAAAA